UUCAUAUCAACAAGAUUAUAACCUAUAAACAAUAAAGUAUCUUAAAAAUACAACUGUCAUUAAAUGAAAUAAAAAUAUUGAUUGGCAUGGUAACUGGCUAUGUGAAAAUGAAAACGAAACAAUUGAAGAUAAAUGACAAUGUUGUCAUGGAGAAUCAAUAUUUCAGAAUAACAACUUCGUGGUUCAGAUAAAAACAAGUUGUAAUUUUAAUUUCCUUAUUUUUAUUCGUUGUGCUUUAGAAUUAAGUGUUGAAUAACAGCAAUUUGUAUGGAUAUAACCAAAAAGUAACUAUUUGAGUGCCUACCUUGUAAGGAACCAAGUCAAAUAAGUCAACGAAAAUGAAUAAUAAUAAUAAGAAACCGACACGAAAAAAAGGUCAGCCAGGGCCUUCUACAUCGGACACAAGGUUGCCCAAGAUGCCAAAAAUAUCGAUGCCGGAAGAUUUUGCAGUGCGGACGCGGGCCAUAUUUUCGCUGCCAGAACAAAUUUUGAAACUACCCGCACCAGCUUCUAGAGCGGCAAAACUGCAGGCUGCGAAGCUUGCACCGAGGAGAACUUCAAGCGUAAUGCAAAACUUUACGGCAAUGAGAAAAGCUCGCGAGGAGUUUCGAUUAAAAUUGGUGAAAUUGAUUUGCCAACCUGAACCAGAGGAUUCACCAAAUUUGGGAGCGCUGCCCACUGGUGAAGAACAAAAUAUGUUGCGAUACUAUUAUUACUUGCGCUAUGGUAUUGAUACCAUUCACGUUGCUCCUUUAGAUAACAAAAUCAUAUUAAGGGUACACCAUCUUAUUUCGCCAAAAUUGAAGAAAUGGAAGGAAACUCUUUUUACGUGUACCGAUGAGAUGCGCGAAGAUUUUAUGAUGAGCAUGAAGAAAGCCAUCGUAGAUUUCGUGCUAAAAGAUCCGAAUACGGAAGAGUCAUUGGAAGUGGAUGAUACUCCAUUGAAGCAAGAGUUGGCUAUGAAAGACGACACCUGGAGGAAUCGUUACGCGCUUGCGCACAAGCACCUCACGAAGAACCUUCACAGCGUUAACCCUUGUAUUGCACAGGUUCUGCAAAUCUGGUGGAAACAGUUCAAUGAUUUAAGGCUGAUCAGUAUGAAGGAUAUUCAGACGACAAAUGAAGCUUACGAGCUGCAAGACUUUUGUUUUGUGUGCAAGAGACAUAUUGAAGCCGCGGGUAAUGUGCUCACCCAUCAAUGGAUCCCAACCAUUCAGAGCGUGUUUUUGCAAGGCAGUAAGAAGAAAUUAAUACCAGAGCCGAAACAAGUGUCUAAAAUGAAACAUUUCUACAAUUGUUUGGCGUGUAUUAUGACGUACAAUCUUCAAACAUUAUGUCUGAAAUCGAUGCAGGAGUUCACUGAAUAUGUUAUGGAUGUUGGCGGAACAAAUCAAGGUUUUAUAAUCAAUUUAGGUUUCCAAAACGAUGCCAUUGAGUUUGACCCAACGUUUCGCCAGUUCAGAGAUCAGUUGUGUCUCUUGUAUGAGUAUCUGAUAGAUGCGUGUCGGCAGUCCCCUCGGUUGGAAAGUAUUCUUUACCAAGACUUUACGACUAAUACGAGGGCUACGUUGAAGCCUAUCAUAGACCCUGACCUCGUGGAUGCUUAUAAGGCUCAAAUCGCGGAACUGAUUGCGGACCAAAGAAUUGGCCCUGAACUACGGGUUCAAGAUUUCGACGACUACGUGUGUUUGCUGAAUGGAGCGUCCAUUGCAGAGGUAGAACAAUUUAUUAACUUUCGCCCAGAGAAAACUUUUGAGGAGUAUUGUGAGGAGUCAGUGAAAUACGUGGACCUGGCGCGAGAAAUUCCUUCGAAAUUGGAAGGGACUAUCGUAAUCGGAAUAUUUCAAAUGCAGAGGGGAGAACUUAUCAACUCGUUACGAGCAGCUGCGACGAGAUUAGCUAACACUCUGUUGCGUAAAAUGACUGAAGAUUAUCAAUUGAUGAUAAAAGCUAUAUACGACGAAUACGCAGUAAUAGCGAAUACCUUGCUUACUCCGCCGGCUGAUACGGCAGCAUUGAUGGAGCUGAUGGCGUACGUGAAGAAAGUGGAAGACACGAUCCUGGCGGAGAUGGAGGAGAAGCUUCGCAACGUCAUGAGAUACAUCGUCUUCCUAGGAGACUACACCACCUUUACACCACUCGAGUUGAAGGCGAACAAUCAGACCUUUCACUGGUAUGCACGUAUGCCUGGUAUAAUUGAAGAGUCGAAGGCUAUUUGUGAUCAGAAGAAGUUGGAAUACCAAGAACUAUUGAAGGUCCGCAUUGCCAAGUUUAUUGAUGACUUGGAAAUUUAUGAAACACAAGUUAACGAAGUGCAGUAUUGGGGAGAUAUUAACGAACUGCCUAAAUACGUGUCGAGGGCAAGGCAUUUAGAUGAAAAGUUAUCAAAUGCUUUGACGAAAAUCGAUCAGUUUAACGAAGAAGAAUCAUCGUUUGGUUGGGAUCUAUCUCAGUAUCCAAAAAGAAAAGCUAUUUUUGAUAGAUUAGUGCCCUUCAAAAGACUAUUCGAUGCGGGAUAUGAUUUCCUUGAGAAGCAUAACACCUGGAUGUCAUCUAAGGUGGGUAGUUUUGACCCUGAAACUAUUGAGGGUGACGUCAGCUAUUACUAUAAGAUUGUGUACAAAUUGGAGAAAUCGUUCGCAGAAGUACCAGAGACGCACCGCCUAGCAGUGUCCGUACAUGAACAAAUGGAAGAGUUUAAGAGCCACAUGCCGAUAAUUCAGACUCUUGGUAACCCUGGCAUGAAACUACGUCAUUGGGAGAAGAUUUCAGAAAUUGUUGGAUUCCCCAUCGUCGUUGAUGAGGAAUUGACGCUCGAGAAAGUCAUAGAUUUCAACCUCGGCGAUUAUAUCGAGAAGUUCGAGAGCAUUUCAGAGGCUGCCACCAAAGAAAACAACCUCGAGCGAGCGUUGGACAAGAUGAUGAAGGAAUGGGCCGAUCUCAAAUUCGAAAUCCUCACAUACAAGGAUACUGGUACUUACAUUCUAUCAAGUGUGGAUGAAAUCCAAUUGCUAUUGGAUGAUCAUAUCGUAAAGACUCAGACUAUGAAGAAUUCUCCUUACAUUAAACCAUUCGAGGACGUUAUUUAUGAUUGGGAGGGAAAACUGGUGCUUUUACAAGAAAUUUUGGAUGAAUGGUUGAAAGUUCAAGCUACUUGGAUGUAUCUGGAGCCAAUCUUUUCAUCACCUGAUAUUCAACAGCAAAUUCCAGAGGAAGGCCGUCGGUUCAGUGCUGUUGAUAAGAUGUGGCGUGAAAUAAUGAAGGUUGCUUUCGCUGAACCUCGAGUGCUUGAUGUGAUAAUGAUAGAGAAAAUGUUGGACCGGUUAAAGAAGUCUAACAAUUUAUUGGAGAUGGUCCAGCGCGGCCUCAACGCCUACCUGGAGAAGAAGCGACUGUAUUUCCCUCGGUUCUUCUUCUUGUCAAACGACGAACUGCUUGAAAUUCUGUCCGAAACUAAGGAUCCUACGCGUGUACAGCCGCAUUUGAAGAAAUGUUUCGAGGGAAUUGCGAGGUUAUCAUUUACGGAUGACAUGGUGGUGACUCACAUGAGAUCCUCGGAAGGAGAGAUAGUACAGCUCACUAUGACGAUCAACACCGUAGCUGCUAGAGGCCAGGUAGAAAAAUGGCUACUGGAAUUGGAAAAAUCUAUGAAAUCCUCUGUUCAUAACGUUGUGGCUGAAUCAUACAAUGAUUAUUUGAAAAUAGAGAGAGACCGAUGGGUGCUGAUCUGGCCUGGUCAGACGGUCCAAUGUAUCGCAAUGACGUUCUGGACAUUAGAAGUGACGGAGGCUAUACACAUUAAUAUAGCGGCUAUGAGAACUUACUGGCAGAAAUGUAAUUUCCAGAUAUCGAAAAUUGUUGACUUAGUGCGUGGCGAGCUUAGCUUGCAAAACAGAAUUACUCUCGGAGCAUUGGUGGUAUUGGAUGUCCACGCUAGAGAUGUGCUCAUGGAACUUAUUGAACUAGGAGUGACACAAGACAAUGAUUUCAACUGGCUUUCUCAAAUACGUUACUAUUGGGAGGAACAAGAAGACAAAAUAUGGCAUUGUGCGACUCGCAUGAUAAACUCCCAGUUGAUGUACGGGUAUGAGUACCUGGGUAACACUGGCCGUCUGGUCGUCACUCCUCUCACUGAUCGCUGCUUUAGAACGCUGUUUGGUGCAUUACAUCUUAAUCUAGGCGGAGCGCCGGAAGGCCCUGCUGGUACCGGGAAGACUGAGACCACUAAGGAUUUGGCAAAGGCCGUCGCUAAGCAAUGCGUCGUGUUCAACUGUUCUGAUGGUCUCGAUUACAUAGCCCUCGGAAAAUUCUUCAAGGGUUUGGCGUCAUGUGGUGCAUGGUCAUGCUUCGACGAGUUCAACCGUAUCGAUCUGGAGGUGUUGUCUGUGGUCGCGCAGCAGAUCCUCUCCAUCCAACGCGGUAUCAACUCUGGAUCCUCGGAACUGCUUUUCGAAGGAACAUUACUGACACUGGACAAGACGUGUGCUGUGUUUAUUACCAUGAACCCUGGUUAUGCAGGACGAUCUGAACUACCUGAUAAUUUGAAGGCGUUGUUCCGUUCAGUGGCCAUGAUGGUGCCGGACUACGUACUGAUCUCGGAGAUCGAGUUGUACGCGUUCGGCUACCUGAACGCCAAGCCACUGGCCGUCAAGAUCGUCGCCACCUAUAAGCUGUGCUCGGAACAACUCUCCUCACAGAGUCAUUACGAUUACGGAAUGCGAGCUGUAAAAUCUGUGUUGCGAGCGGCUGGUGCUCUUAAAUUGCGAUACCCUGAUGAAGAUGAGGAUCUGAUCCUGUUGCGAUCCAUCAAAGAUGUGAACUUGCCGAAGUUUCUGGAACACGACGUUCCUCUCUUUAUGGGCAUUAUCAGUGAUCUAUUCCCUGGUCUACCGCUUCCUCUUGCUGGGCUACCGGAAUUGGUUAUAUGCGUCAAAGAGAUUUGCAUAACACAUAAUUUGCAAUGUACUGAAUUCUUCGUUGAAAAGGUGCUCCAAUUAUACGAAAUGAUUUUAGUACGACACGGUCUCAUGUUGGUGGGAUUGCCCUUCUCAGGGAAGACUAAAUGCUAUCAUGGACUGGGCCAUGCAUUGAAAUGUGUGGCCGAAAAGGGAACAAUGGAUGAGCACGCCGUAGAGUGGACGGUCAUAAACCCGAAGUCGAUCACGAUGGGCCAGCUGUACGGGCAGUUCGAUCCUGUGUCACACGAGUGGUCUGACGGGAUCCUAGCUGUCAGCUACAGAGCUUUUGCUGUGUCUCCGAAUAAUAAUAGGAAAUGGUUAGUCUUCGACGGCCCAGUAGACGCUAUUUGGAUUGAGAACUUGAACACUGUGCUCGAUGACAAUAAGAAGCUUUGUCUGAUGAGUGGAGAAAUUAUUCAGUUGGCGCCCACCACUAACCUGAUCUUCGAACCGAUGGAUCUGGAGGCUGCUUCACCAGCUACCGUAUCCCGCUGUGGUAUGAUUUACCUGGAGCCCAAAGGUCUUGGUUGGAAAGCCCUGUUAGAGUCGUGGCUGAAUAAGUUGCCUCCAACUUUACACACUGUUAAUCGUAACUUAAUCCGAAAUCUAUUUAACCGCUUUUUGUCGCCUUUGCUUUGGCUCGUCGAAUAUUCUGGUAGAGCUAAGCAAAUGUACAUCACGUCUCGCAGUAACAUAGUUGUGGCGUGCAUGCAUCUCUUCGAUUGCUUCAUGGAUGACUUUUACGACGAAAAGUAUCUCGAACAAAUAUCCGAUCUCGAUAUAAGGGCUCAACUAGAGGGCGUGUUCUUCUUUUCUUGUAUCUGGUCUAUUGGGGCAACAUUAGAAGCCGAUAGCCGACCUAAAUUUGAUAUGAUGUUCCGUGGAUUACUUGAAAAAGAGUUUCCAGAAAAGAUUAAAGACGCUCUUGGUUAUCAUAAAGAAAUACUUAAACCGGAAAAGCAAUACAUAUUUAUUAUUCCAAAAGAAGGACUCGUUUACGACUACAGAUUUAUCAAGGAAGGUAAGGGUAAGUGGAAGCCGUGGGUGGAUGAUGUGCUCUCGGCUCCGCCCAUCAGCAGGGACACGCCGCCCAACCAGAUCCUGGUCACCACACUGGACAGUGUCCGGUACCUCGCGCUCUUUAAACUCCUCGUCACGCACCACAAGCUCGUCAUGAUGGUCGGGCCCACUGGUACCGGCAAGUCAUCCUAUAUCAUUGACUUUUUAGUCAAGAGAGUAGAUACAAAAGUGUAUAAGGCUCUCAUCAUGGCUUUUUCGGCUCAAACCAAUUGUAAUCAAACUCAAGAUAUCAUCAUGGGAAAAUUAGAUAAAAGGAGGAAGGGUAUCUACGGGCCACCUAUAGGCUGCUUCUCAGUGGUGUUCGUGGACGACGUGAGCAUGCCUCAGGCUGAGACCUACGGCGCGCAGCCGCCUAUCGAAGUGUUACGUCAAGGCAUCGAUCUCGGCCUUUGGUACGACAGAAAGACCAACUUUGCUAUGCAUCUCAUUGAUGUUCAGUUCAUGUGUGCUAUGGGCAAGCCAACGCCGGGUGCUAAGCUGGUGACGCCGAGGUUUUCACGACACUUCUGUUUCUUCUGCAUCGAUGAGUUCGACGAAGAAACUCUUCAAGUCAUAUUCAGUAGAAUUAUGCUGUGGCAUCUUGAUACAAGAGGAUUUUCAAAAGAAUUUGACCCGUGUAUUGAGGAGCUUGUGAUGGGUACAUUGGAAGUAUAUAAACAAUGUCGCUUGAAUUUGUUGCCUACGCCUUCCAAAUCACACUAUACCUUCAAUCUACGAGAUUUCUCCCGAGUUAUACUGGGCGUCCUGAUGUCAGUCCCUGAAGUAACCCCGGACCUGUCCAGCAUGAAGCGCCUGUGGGUGCACGAGUGUCUGCGCGUGUUCUCGGACCGCCUGGUGGAGGAUGCAGACCGCCAGUGGCUCGUCACCUGCCUGCGCAAGGCCACCGCCAUGCAUCUCAACGACGACUUCGACCAGCUGCUGGGCAGGCUGCUCGAUGGACCUAAAGAUAGAAUUACCGAUUAUCAUCUACGGAAGCUGAUAUACUGCGAUUUUGCGAAUCCCAAAGCAGAUACACGAUUCUAUAUGGAGACUACAAACAUGGAACAUUUGAAUUCAACUGUGGAUGCAUUCCUGGUCGAGUUUAAUAACAUGUCCAAGAAACCCAUGAACCUCGUGCUGUUUAGGUUCGCGAUCGAGCACGUGUCGCGUAUCUGCCGCGUGCUGGCCCAGCCGCGCUCGCACGCGCUGCUGGUGGGGCUGGGCGGCUCCGGCCGGCAGUCGCUCACCAGACUCGCCGCGCACAUCAACGAGUUUGACCUGUUUCAGGUUGAAAUGAGUCGAACCUAUGGCAAGAAUGAAUGGCGUGAAGACUUGAAAACUUUACUGAAGAAAUCGAGCACACCUGAUCUGUACAUGGUCUUCCUAUUCGUCGAGUCACAGAUAAAAGAAGAAGGUUUCCUAGAAGAUGUAAACAAUAUGCUAAACUCCGGAGAAGUUCCGAACAUCUUUAAUGGUGAUGAAAAAGCAGAGUUGUGUGAAAAAAUGAGAGUUAUUGACCGGCAGCGCGACAAGUCCCUGCAGACUGACGGCAGCCCCACGGCCCUGUACGCGUACUUCGUGUCCAUCGUGCGCGACCAGCUGCACAUAGUGCUGGCCAUGUCUCCAGCUGGUACCUCGCUGAGAACUCGCAUCAGGAAGUUCCCCUCGCUAGUCAAUUGCUGCACUAUUGAUUGGUUCCAGGAGUGGCCACCAGACGCGCUGCUUGCAGUAGCGACACGAUUCUUGAAGGACAUAGAGUUAACAGACCUCGAGCGUGACACAGCCAUCAAGCUGUGCCAGGUGUUCCACACGGACACGCAGGAACUCACGAGACAGUUCCUGCUGCGGCUCAAGAGAUACAACUACGUCACGCCCACCGCCUACCUAGAGCUCAUCAAUAUGUUCAAGUCAUUACUUUCCAAGAAACGCAUGGAGCUAAUAACAGCAGAAAAGCGAUACCUAACUGGACUGGAUCAACUAGCGAUUGCGGCUAAAUCUGUGUUUGCACUGCAACAAGCGCUAGAAAUACUGCAGCCUAAGCUAGCUGCAGGAGCCGCAGCAGUCGCCGAGACCACUGCCAAAGUGGAGAAGGAGAAAGAAGGAGUGGCUCUAGUAGAGGCAGAAGUGUUGGUUGAUCAGGCUGCUGCUGAAGAACAGGCACAAGAAGCACAAGCUAUUAAGGACGAGUGCGAUGCUGACUUAGCAGAGGCGAUGCCUAUCCUUAACGCGGCCUUGGCAGCGCUCGACACCCUCACUCCGCAGGACAUCACCUUCAUCAAAACUAUGAAGAGCCCUCCUCGAGGUAUCCGUAUAGUGAUGGAAGCUGUUUGCAUUCUAAAGGACGUAAAACCGGACAAGAUUCCCAAUCCGUCUGGUGUGGGCACAGUUGAGGACUACUGGGGGCCUUCCAAAAAGAUUCUAAACGACAUCAAGUUCCUCGAGUCGCUCCAGAACUACGACAAAGAUAACAUCCCACCGCCUGUCAUGAAGAAACUCAUGACAACUGUUAUGCAAGACGAGGGAUUCGUGCCGGAGAAGAUCAAGACUGUGUCUGUGGCUGCCGAAGGAAUGUGCAAAUGGGUGAUUGCAAUGACGAAGUACGACAAAGUAGCGAAGGUUGUAGCGCCAAAGAAACAAAGGUUGGCUGCUGCACAAGCUGUGUAUGACAAAGCCAGUGCCGCACUCGCUAUCAAACAAGCUCAGCUCAAAGAGGUACAAGACAAAUUGAAGAAAUUAGAAGACGCGCUAGCGGAACAGAACCGCCAGCAGAAGAUAUUGGAUGAUGAGGUCAUGGACUGCAGUAAUAAAUUGAAAAGAGCUGAAAUGCUCAUAUCCGGUCUUGGUGGUGAGAAAACGAGGUGGACUCAAAUCGCGAAAGAUCUACGUGAGACGUAUAAUACGCUGACAGGUGACAUUCUGAUUGCUGCUGGCAUCAUCGCAUACCUCGGACCCUUUACAGCACAUUUCAGACAUGAACAGGUUAAGAAAUGGGCGCAUGCUUGCCAUGACUGCGGGAUAGUAUGCACUUUAGAUUUCAGCAUUAUCAAAUCACUUGGUGAAGCAGUCACGAUACAACAGUGGAACAUAGAUGGAUUACCAUCUGACGAUUUCAGUGUUGAAAGCGCGAUUAUCAUCAUGACGGCACGACGUUGGCCUUUAAUGAUUGAUCCACAAGGACAAGCCAAUAGGUGGAUUAAGAAUAUGGAAAAACCCAAUAAUAUUUGUGUUGUCCGUAUGACGCAAGCAGACUUGGGACGCGUUCUGGAGAACGCCGUACAAUUUGGACAACCGGUUUUGUUGGAAAACGUUUUGGAAGAAUUGGAUCCAAUGUUGGAACCAUUGCUACAACAGCAAACAUUCAAACAAGGUGGUGCUCUUUGCAUUAAAAUUGGUGACACCAUCGUUGAAUACAGUAAAGAGUUCAAAUUGUACAUUAGUACGAAGUUAGCAAAUCCGCAUUACUUGCCUGAAGUAGGUGUACGCGUGACUUUAGUCAACUUUAUGUUGGCAAUGGAUGGCUUACAAGCUCAGCUUCUUGCUCGAGUUGUGGCUCGCGAGAGGCCGGAUCUACAACAAGCCAAGGCGGACUUGACUACACAAGGUGCCGAACAUCGAAGACUGCUGCAGGACAUUGAGAAGAAGAUCCUAACUGUACUGUCCACAUCUGAGCAUUUGUUAGAAGAUGAGGAAGCCGUCCAGAUUCUGAACUCGGCAAAGGACACAGCUAACGAAAUUAAAGAGAAGCAAGAGGUAGCCAUGAUAACGGAAGCGGCUAUUGAUGUAGCACGUAACGACUACGUGCCUAUUGCUGUGCAUUCGACUGACCUAUUCUUCUUGAUUGCAUCGUUAGCUCAUAUUGAUCCAAUGUACCAGUAUUCCUUAGGAUGGUUUGAGGGCUUAUUCACGGCAGCUAUUGAUAAUACUGAAAAAGUAGAAGAAAUUCCCGAACGACUCAAGAUUUUGAGAAAAUAUUUUACGUACUCACUGUAUUCUAAUAUCUGCAGGAGUCUGUUUGAGAAGGACAAGAUGGUGUUUUCACUUCUGCUAGCAAUCACAAUAAUGAUGGCGGAAGGUGAGAUGGACAGGCACGACAUGUUGUUCUUACUCGGAGGCGCUCAGCCGCGACACGUCGUACCCAACCCCGUGCACUUCCUCAGCCCGCAAGCUUGGGCCGACUUCAAUGGGUUAAAUGAAUUUGACAAAUAUCACGGUAUUCUGGACCAUUUUAUAAAGAACAUUCCUGCUUGGGAGGAUUAUUGUGACAGUCCAGAUCCUCAGAAUCAACCAAUUCCUUCACCUUGGGACAAAAAACUUGACCAAUUUGAGACCCUCUGUGUCCUGCGAUGUAUGAGACGAGACAUGAUGGUUCCAGCGGUCCAGAAUUAUGUUGAAAGUAAAUUGGGUCGUCAGUUUGUGGAGCCUCCGCUUUUUGAUCUGACGUCGUCGUACUCGGACUCGCACUGUUGCAUACCCCUGCUGUUCGUGUUGACGCCGGGGUCUGACCCGAUGGGCACAUUGCUCAAGUUUGCGGAUGAUCAAGGUUUCGGUUCAUCUCGUUUGUUUUCGUUAUCGCUGGGCCAAGGGCAAGGCCCUAUUGCAGUCAAACUAAUAGAAGAAGGAGUUCGCAGCGGCACCUGGGUCGUGCUGCAGAACUGUCACUUGGCCAAGAGUUGGAUGCCUACUCUGGAAAAGAUCUGUGAAGGAUUAACCCCAGAUGCGACUCAUCCGGACUUCAGGCUCUGGCUAACGUCAUACCCCGCGGAGCAUUUCCCCGUCUACGUGUUGCAGAACGGUGUCAAAAUGACCAACGAACCACCGCAAGGCUUAAGAGCGAAUAUUGCCCGUUCAUACAACAGCGACCCGAUCAACGACCUCGAGUGGUUCGAAGGCAACAAACAGACGGAAUACUUCAAGAAGCUGCUGUUUGCGUUGUGUUUCUUCCACGCCGUGGUUCAGGAGCGGCGCCAGUUCGGUCCGCUCGGCUGGAACAUCCGUUACGAGUUUAACGAGACGGAUCUGAGGAUCAGUGUCACUCAGCUUUACAUGUUUUUGAAUGAAUAUGAUGACGUUCAAUUCAUAGCGCUGCGGUACCUGACGGGCGAGUGUAACUACGGCGGGCGCGUGACUGACGACUGGGACCGGCGCACGCUCAACACCAUCCUCUACAAGUUCUACAAUCCUAAAGCUAUUAACCAACACAACUACCCACUUGACCCUUCAGGUGUAUACUACAUACCGACACUAAAAGAGCACUCGGACUUCAUCGCGUUCGCGCGCUCGCUGCCGGUGGCCACGCCGCCCGCCGUGUUCGGCUUCCACCCCAACGCAGACAUAACCAAGCAUUUCCGCGAGGCUGGCGAACUGCUUGAUACUGCUAUACUCACACAGGACACAAUGGCAGCGGGCGGGACCGGUAUUACUCCGGAACAGCAAGCGAUGGAGAUAGCUGAAGAUGUACUGGCGCGGCUGCCAGACAAGAUCCUCACCGGCGACUCCCACGAGGGCGACAUCAAGCCGUCUGAAAUGACCCCCAUGUCGAUCGUCGUGAUCCAGGAGGCUGCCCGAUACGAACGACUGGUCCAGGUCGUGAGAUCCAGUUCUAGAGCUGUUAUUGGAGCUGUACAAGGUGUGAGCGUGUUAACGGAUAUAACGGAGGAAGUGUUGACGAGUAUGGUGCGCGGGCGCAUCCCCUCGCUGUGGGCCGGCAAAAGCUACCCGUCGCUGAAACCUCUAGCCUCCUACUUCAAUGAUUUACUCGAAAGACUUGAAUUCUUACAGCACUGGCAUCAGUACGGGCCGCCGGUGGUGUUCUGGCUGUCGGGCUUCUACUUCCCACAGGCCUUCCUCACGGCCGCCCAGCAGAGCUACGCGAGGAAAUACAAGAUACCCAUCGAUCAGCUCGCCUUCCACUAUCAAGUGCAGAAGAAGUGGGAAAUAGAGGAACCCCCGGACGAAGGCGUGUACAUCCGCGGUCUGUACAUGGAGGGCGCUCGGUGGAACAUGGAUGACAUGAUGGUGGACGAGUCCAUCCCCAAGAUACUGUACGACGACUUUCCACCGGUGUGGCUGAUACCGUUAAAACGGGACGACUUACCGACGGACGAGUUCUACAACUGUCCCCUAUACAAGACAGGGGAUCGUCGCGGCGUGCUGUCUACCACGGGUCACUCCACCAACUACAUCCUUUUCAUGCGGCUACCUUCACAGAAGUCGCCAGAACACUGGAUCAUGAGGGGCGUGGCUUUACUUACACAAUUGCCGUUCUAGAAUGUUCUGUUCGAGAAGAUCGCUUUAUUAUCAAAUGAUGUAACGGUUUACUCACGCGUGUUUAUCGGGAGUGCCCGACUCGAGUCGAC